AUGCCUACUCCUAAUCUCUCAUUUAUUGAUGUAUGUGGAGGUACUGGCGACAUUGCUUUGCGUAUUGCCAAGUUUUCAAAAAAUCUUGAAGACCCCAAUGGCCCUAGCAUGCCACGGAUUACUGUUUGCGAUAUCAAUAGAUCCAUGAUUGAAGUUGGGAAGGAAAAAGCUGCUCAAGCUGGCUUAACUGGAAUUAACUGGGUUCAGGGAAAUGCUGAAUGUUUGCCUUUCGAAGACAAUCAGUUUGAUGUUUAUACAGCCGCUUUUGGGAUAAGAAACUGCACUCACGUGGACAAGGUUCUCUCCGAGGCUUAUCGGGUUUUGAAACCUGGUGGUCGAUUUUUCUGUCUCGAAUUCAGUCGCGUUAACAAUUUUUUUCUCCGAACUAUGUAUGACGCUUAUUCGAUGCAAGUAAUCCCCAUUAUUGGCAAGGUGAUUGCCAACGAUUGGCAUUCCUACCGGUACUUGGUUGAGAGUAUCCGUCGGUUUCCUAAUCAAGUUGAAUACGCUUGUAUGAUUGAAGAUGCCGGUUUCCGAAGUGUACAAUACACAAAUUAUACAUUCGGUGUCGCUGCUGUGCAUAGUGGAAUCAAGUAG